GCAAGAAGUAUGCCUACAGAUGAGAGACCCCUGUCAUAUAUAGCGUUGACAAUUCCUGCUCGAAAUUGACGUUCUCAUUUCUUCUUGUAUUUAGCAAUUUCUGCAAGCACAGCCACGUUUUGGCAGUCCUUUCAGUGAAUCUGUCCAUUUUGAAAAACGAUCAAUUGAUCCUGAAAUUCAUGGAACGUCAAUUAGCUCCGGAGGAUCUAGAUCAGUCAGUAAAGAUCAAAACGACCAAUUGCGGGAGGAACAGACAUGACCAAAACACCACAAGUCAUGAUCAGCUGCCUAAAAUGACCUACAUGGAAGAUUUUGCCAAGAUCAAAGGAAAGAUGAGUCAAAUUGAGGAGGCUUUGGCAUCAAACGAUAUUGGACAAGAGGAUAAGAAGGCUCUCGUUCAUUCGGUGCUCUUCAUCAACGAAAUUCAAAUCCCAGCUGGUGUAGUUAACCCCAAGAACUUUCCUAAUUUGGAUCGAAAGAGGACCCAUUCUCCCCAAAACCGGUCUUUCUUCCCCGUCAAAAAGAAGGCGUCCUCGUAAUACUUUCAUUUUAAAUUUCUCUUUUGUUUCAUCGAAAAAAAUGAUUUGACUCGAUUUUUCAAAUAGAUGUCUUGUUAA